CGGAAAGGCGAUUAAAGCGAUAGAGCAGUGGACAAAGGCUAACGAAGCCGUGAAAAUUGCGUCUGAAAAGGUGAAGGAGGAAGAAGCAGCUUUUCCGAAAGACUUACGAGGAUCAUCUUCGGAGGGGAUGUCUGGUUUUACUGGCCUUGAGUUUGGCAGAAAGAUCUUUCAAGAGGCCAUUGAAGAAGC